ACUUCGGUAUAUAAGCAAUUAUAAAAAGUAAUUUACUCCAGAUUACAAUCAGUGAAACAGUUCGCCAGAAUGAAGACUAUCGCUCUCGUGUUAUUGAUCGUCGCUACGGCAUCUGCUAUCGAGUGGACUGAUCUUCGUGUGAGAUGGCUGCCUUACGCGAUAGACCCUACUCACAAUAGGAGCAUGUUCAAGAUGCCACUUACAGAAUCUGAUGCUAUUAGCCAAAGUUGGGUAGAAGUAACAGGUGUCACUUCCUUGAAUUUGAGGGUGUAUUGCUUCGAAGAAGGCGACGGUCGUGUCUGUCUUGAAUUCGAUUCUUAUGGGAACAUUGCUGCUAUACAGGCUGCCAUACUUCGCAGUGAUGUUGAAUAUGUACAAGGUACUUACGACAGGUCCCAUUUGAACCAGUAUCAGAUAAAAACAAUAUUUGGUGAAGAGUAUUGGACCAGUACAGUCUAUUUCGUAUCCCCGGACGUUAUUGCAGCUGGUGGACGCAGCGAAACGAACGGUUAUAUCGGCACUGAGGCAAUCUGGAUCGGGACAACCGAUGGAUUUAUAAAAAUUGUCAAAACCGUGUCGGAUUGGGAUCCUGCAUGGACAAAAGAAGGCUGUGUGUCUGAGCAGGGAACUCACUAUCAGUACGCGAUGAAUACAUCCACGGAAUGUACGGAAGUCCAGCCAUGGUUUUUAUUAGAACAAGAAGGCAAGUUGAGUGGUUUUGGAUUUCAGGGGUUUGGUAAUAUGACUUACAAAAAUCGUAAUUGGUACGAGGCGAUUCCACCGAUUCUUCUCAGAGACUCAAAUCCAACGAUUCCAGACUGCGUCAUCGAGUGGGGUGAUGAAUUCGGUUUCACCUUUAUGCAUGUAUUAUUGACUUCAGAAUCAUGGAAAUUCGUUUGCGAAUAGCAAUCUUCACGGUGCUCAAGCCCAGUAAUUUUAAGGGAAACAGGCGCGUAUUAGAUUUCCAAUAUUUUUCAUAGUACUGACCAAAUAGAGGAAAAUUAGAUACACACUAGGGUGUCCGUUAUUUUAGUCGUUUUGGAAUUUUUUCGAUUGCACCUUAAAAAUAUGUUUUUAAAUAACAUUAACACGUGCCGGAGGAUAAUUGAAACUUUGAAAGUGAAAUACAUUGAAAUGUUCAAUAUCUUUUGAUUGUUUUUCUUUCCAUAAACUAAGAAAACUGAAAAAACUAAUUGAUGCUUGAGAACAAUGAUUAUAUCUCUACCUAAAUGUAGGAAUGAAUUAAUUUUAUUCCCCACGCAACCAUAAUGUUAACUUUUUCGACCUGAACAGCGGGACGAAAAUAUGGUCUGAAAUUAUUUUUUCAGUUUUCUCUUUUUUUGACCAGAGUUGAGUCGGAAAUAAAGUAAUAUACUGCAACACAAGAUUAAAAGUUGACUUUAUUCCCUGGUUACAUAAUGUACUAUUGAAUGAGCACAAGUAUUCGGUAAAUAACGAGAUUCAAUUAAACCGUAAAAAUUUUGCUUUGACGAAAUAUCAGAGUUUUUAGAUUCAAUGGAUUUUUUUUUUUUUGGUUCCUACGAUAAUUUGGAAGUGUAAACGUUGUUCUUAAGUAUCAAAUUGAUUUUUUCAGUCCAUUCCAGUUUAUGAAAAAAAAAUAACCGACUGACAAAUAUGGUUUUAAGGGGAAAUUGCCGGCUUUAGGGUACAUUUAGGGGAAACUUUCAGUUUUAAAAUUCUUAUAGGG